GCCCGCCUCCUCCUGCCGCCGCUUCCGCUCUCCGCGGUGCGUAGCGAGGGGGCGGGCGGCGCGGGGCGGUGCCGCCGCCGCCGCCACCCACCGCGACCCACCGCGACCCACCGCGACCCAUUGCCGCCGCCGGGCAAGGCCAGGCCAGGCUAUCCCGCGCGGGGAGCCCGCCCGUCCCCAGCCGCCGCCGCCGCCGGCCCCCCCUCCCCGACGGCUGCACGUGCUGCAGCUCCCGGGGCAGCAAUGGAGGGUGCUGCAGAGGGGUCUGGAGUCGUGGGAAGUGCUGAUGCUGUGGCACAGAAGGAGAGAGUGGUGACCGAGGAGGAAUGGCUGCAGAAAUGGAAAACGGGGAGAACCGGCUUUCACAAGGAGCAAGGGCACCCGCUCCUGCAGAAGUAUCUGGAUAUUCUUUUAAAUGGCCGGAGCGGACUGAGGAUAUUUUUCCCACUUUGCGGGAAAGCAGUAGAAAUGAAAUGGCUGGCGGACAUGGGGCACCGCGUCGUCGGCGUGGAGAUCAGCGAGCAAGCGCUGAAGGAGUUUUUCGCCGAGCAUGGUCUGCCUUAUCGUGAGGAGCCCGUGCCGGGGACUUCGGGCGCGAAGAUGUUGCAGAGCAUGUCUGGGAACAUUUCUCUCUACUGCUGCAGUAUUUACGAUUUGUCCAGUGCAAUUGUUGGCAAAUUUGAUGCGGUUUGGGACAGAGGAGCUCUAGUAGCUGUCAAUCCAUGCGACAGAGAACGCUAUGCCAGUUUGAUGAUCUCCCUAAUGGAGAAAAGUGCUUCUUAUCUCCUCGUUACUGUUUUAUAUGAUCCAAACAAACACAAAGGCCCACCAUUUUAUGUUCCUGAAUCUGAAAUUAAAAGCUUAUUUGGCAACCACUGUGAAAUUAAGUGUCUUCAAAAAGCCAAUGACUUUUCAGACAGACACAGAGAAUGGGGACUAGAUUAUUUUCUGGAGGUGCUGUAUAUACUAAAGUUUGUAUGUGAUAAAAUUAAUUAAAAUAACUUCCCAUCUUCCUUCCACCUUCCUUUUUUAAAAAUCUCACUUUUUAAAAUCAGACACAUUUUUGAACACUCUUAAAGAAGGCUUCAGCAUAUAGAAAAUGUCUAUGGAACUCUGAUCUUCUGAUGGCUUUGCUUUCAAGGUGAACUCUACUAUGUAACUGCCAUAAGUGUCAUUGUGCAUAGCUUUUUGUUAACUCCAUGUGUAAAUAAGCAUUUUAAAAGUGGAUCUUUUUCUUCUAUAUUCGUUCAAAUAAUCAGAACUAAAGAAAAUGACCUCCUGCUGCUGUUGCCAGUAGAUGUUGUCUGUCUGGAGUUAUGUAGGUCUGCCUCAGACGCUCGCAGGCCUGGGAAUAACAGCAGCAGCUCUUCAAAUACCUUUUCCUGUAAUGCAGGCCUUGAGCUAGUAACAGCAGCUGGGCAAGAGAGGCGAGAAGCUGGCACAAGUUGUUUCUCCCCAUCCCUGCUAGUCAUGAUUACAAGCCAAGAGACUAACCAGCAAUGAGCAUACAAGAAAGCUUGGCAGCAGCUGCCAAGGAGGAACUAUAAUCAAGUGGGAAAUAGGUGAGGGAAGUGAAGCAGCUGACAAUAAAACAGAGAGCAUGGGGAGAAAAUGUUCCUGCAUUUGCUUGUAAAUAUGCCACUCUCUUCUGCAAGUAGGCAGCUGGCACGCAGGUUGCACCUUGUAGGACAUGUUCAGGGAAAUACUGCAGAGCUUUUUUGCAUGUCUGCCUGGACACAGCCCCUUCUUUGAGGGUCUUCUAUUGUUGCCUUAUGGACACUUUUGCAGUUUUCAGAAUUACAGAAUUUUGGGGGCUCA